AUGGCUGAAAGAGAAGUUCUUCAGAGUUACCUGAGCUGCCAUGUUUGUUCAGAGACCUUCAAAGAUCCUGUGUCUCUGAGCUGCAGCCACAGCUUCUGUUCAAGCUGCCUGCAGAAGUUCUGGGAACAAACUCAGAACAAGAACUGUCCCAUCUGUAAAAGAAGAUCUUCUAAGGAUCUUGUAGUGAAUUUUACUUUAAAAGAACUUGCUGAUUGUUUUGCUGGACGACAGAAAUCUGGAUCAUCUGAGGCAGAAAAAGGAGAGAAGAAGGUGGAGGUGGUGUGCAGCAAACACCAAGAAGAUCCUGAACUGUUCUGUUUUGACGAGCAGAGAGCCGUGUGUCCUGUCUGUGAGUUUUCUCUCCACCAGAACCACAAAGUGGUUCCUGUACAACAAGCAGUCAAUGAGCUGAAGGAGCAGCUGAGAUCUGACUUAAAGUCUCUGCAGGACAAGAGGAACAAACACCGACAUGUGGAGAAAACAUACAAUGAUGUGAUCCAACUCUCCAAGAAGCAGCUGCUGUCCACAGAGACACAGAUCAGAGCAGAGUUCAACAAGCUCCACCAGCUCCUGAGAGAGGAAGAGGAGUCCAGACUGGCAGCUCUGAGGGAGGAAGAGGAGCAGACGAGGAAGACUAUGAGCAGAGAGAUGAAGAGGAUUCAGGAGCACAUCUCCUCUCUGUCAGACAGUAUCUCUGCUGUUGAAGAAGACCUGCAGAAAGACAACGUGUCCUUCCUCAGCACUUAUAAAGACACUCAGACCAGAGCCAGAACCCAGAGCUCACUGUCAGAUCCACAGCUGGUCUCAGGACUCCUGAUAGAUGUGGCCCAACACCUGGGCAACCUGUCCUUCAGAGUCUGGGACAAGAUGAAGGACAAGGUCCACUUCAGUCCUGUCAUUCUGGACCCAAACACUGCGAGUGGCUGGUUCUACCUGUCUGAUGAUCUGACCAGUGUGAGAUGUGGAGACACAAAGCAGCAGCUUCCUGAUAAUCCAGAGAGAAACACUAAUUACACCAGUGUUUUUGGUUCUGAGAGUUUCAGUUCAGGGAAACACAGCUGGGAGGUGGAGGUGGGAGAUCAUCCUUACUGGAAUGUUGGUUUAGUUAAAGAGUCAGUCGACAGGAAGGGAAAGAGAUUUGAUUCACCAGAAUAUGGACUCUGGUGUUUAUUGUAUAAAGAUGGAAAAUACAAUAAUGGUGUUUGUAAAACUCUCGGAGUGAAGAAGAGUCUCCAGAGGAUCAGGGUCCAGCUGGACUAUGACAGGGGGGAGGUGUCCUUCCACGACUCUGAAGACAUGAGUCACAUCUUCACUUACAAAGACACUUUCACUGAGAAACUCUUCCCUUAUUUCUGUGUUUGUCCAGCUGGAGACGCCAAAACAUCUGAAGUUAAAAUCUGUCAAACUAAAGUUUCUGUUUAAAGUUCAUGUUUGUUUUUGUUUCUCAGUUAUUGGAGAAUAAUCACACAAUAAGUUCAACAUCAUAUUUUAUAAGAACAUAAAUACUCAAAACAAAUAAAAAAUACACUUUGGUGUUAAUUAAAA